CUCCAGGCCCUGGUGGCCCUGCUUCGCCAGAACCUCCAGCCGGGCGCCCGCCAUGGCGUCCCCUGCGGCGGAGACGCGCGUGUUCCUGGAGGUGCGGAGACGGCUGCAGAGCGCGCUGCUGAUCCUGGGAGAGCCAGAAGAAGGAGGUAUGCCCAUGGAUAUUUCUGUAACGCCAGCCUCACUCCAGGUGAAAACGCCUGCAGGCUGCACCGAGCUCCGGCUUCCAGCAGAGGUCAGGCUUGUACCUUCCUCAUGCCGUGGGCUGCGCUACGUGGCUGGAGACGGGCUGCACCUGUGGCUGCAGGCACAGGCCGAGUUCAGCCCAAAACUGAUUUCGAUGUUUAAUCAAAGCCCACAAGCCCCAGAAUGUUGCACGUUUUAUUGCCAGUCCUGCGGUGAAGUCAUAAUAAGGGACAGGAAGCUCCUCAGGGUGCUCCCGUUGCCGAGUGAGAACUGGGGAGCUCUAGUUGGAGAAUGGUGUUGUCAUCCUGACCCCUUUGCUAAUAAGCCACUUCAUCCGCAAGAGAAUGACUGUUUCAUUGGAGACUCUUUCUUCUUGGUGAAUUUAAGAAGUGAUUUGUGGCAGCCAAGACCUGAACUAGCCUCCACGGAGACACACAGUCUUUCUUCUGAGAACCAUUUUAAAUUGAAACCAAAGGCAAAUACCAAAGUAAUUUGUAAGCGUUGCAAGGUAACGUUGGGAGAGACCAUGUCAUCAGAAACCACUAAGUUUUAUAUGACAGAGAUAAUUAUUCAGCCAUCUGAGAGAAAUUUUCCCAUCAUACCAAGGUCACGCUUUGUCCAGAGCGUUAUUGCCCAGUGUCUGGUGGAACUCUCCUCUGCUCGAAGCACUUUUAGAUUCAGUGUUCAAGGUCACGACGGCAAAACUUAUAUCUUGCUAUGGCUUUUAAACUCAGACAGUUUGGUGAUUGAAUCUUUGGGAAGUUCCAAAAGUAUCAAAAAAUUCCCCCUGUUGGAAGACGUACUGGAGGCAGGUUCCAGUUCUGCCUGGAAUGCUGUCAAGGUCCUCUACCAGCCGUGCAUCAAAAGCAGGAACGAAAGUCUUGCCCGCUUGUGGGAAAGUGACAUCAGCGUCCACCCUCUAACCCUGCCCUCUGCUACCUGCCUGGAGCUGCUGCUGAUACUAUCGAGGAAUACCGCCACGCUGCCUCCGUCCCUUCGCUGUAUGAAUUCCUUUCAGGCGGCCUUUUUGAAGCUGUGACUGUGGGAGCUGAGGCAUCCCUCCCCCGGGCAGACAGCUCCGCGGCACGGAGCGCACCAGAGGCCAGCAGCCAGCGCAGUGGGCAGCGAUCACAGAGACAAGAGCCAGAGCUAGAGAAUGGGCAUUGCGUUGAAGUUUUGAGUUUGUUUGCAUCUAUUCUCUAAGAGAAGAGUUAACUUUAAAUCUUUUAAAAACCAAGACUGUGAAGAAAGUCGUGGUAGCAGGUUGUCGGCAGUUGAGAUGAGUAUAGAAGUUACGUCUCUCUUUCCCACAGAGAGGAAUAUUCAAAUAUGCGCUGACUCAGCACCACCUGGAAGGAUAUUAGCUAGUGGAGACCCAUCUGUCCUGUGUGGAGUGCACUGGGGACUUCGUUGGUGGAACUGAAUGUUAACUGCUGUAAAUCCAAGGAAACAAACUUUCAAAGAACUUCUCAGGUUUGCUUAAAACAAAUUUUAAAAAAGAAAAAUACAGAAUUUUGUAUACCUUGUUCAGAAGAGAUGCUCAGUAAAUAAAUGUUUGUUGAAUGAGUGAUUAUCAAAUUAAAGAUUUUCCCCUUUAUGCAAACCUGCGUGUGUUCCUUUUGUUCU